CGACCAACCCAGCGGGACAGCGAGGAAGCCGGCCGCCCGCUUUCGGGUGGGUCGGCCGUGGGGGCUCGCUUUGCGGGGCGGAAGCGGGGCGCGGUCGUCUAGGGUCCCGAGGAUCCCCGCGAAGGGGGAGCGCCCUGAGACAGUAGGCAAACGGAUGAGACCCGCAAGCGGGGCGCGGUCCGCGG